GCGGGGCCCCCAAGGGGAAGUGAGUAGCCGCGGCUGGGAUUACGUGCAGUGGUGGCGGCUGCAGCGGCUACGAGUCUUCUGGACGCUGAGUGGAAGCGACCGACACCAGGCUUGUCCUCAGCCCUUAACCCGCAUACGCCUGGACAUGGAUCCCUGCCAGCCAAGAUAUCAACCUGAACUCUCCUAACAAAGGUCUGCUAUCUGAUACCAUGACAGAUGUGCCUGUGGAUACAGGGACUUCCAGGACCUCCAUUCCUGAGGGUCUGACAGAGGCAGAGGAAGAAGAGCUCAGAUCGGAACUCACUAAGGUGGAAGAGGAGAUUGUGACAUUACGCCAGGUCCUGGCAGCCAAAGAGAGACACUGUGGUGAGCUGAAAAGGAAGCUGGGCCUAACUCCCUUGGAUGGACUGAAGCAGAAUCUUUCAAAGAGUUGGCAUGAUGUUCAGGUCUCCAAUGCAUAUCUUUCAGCAAGCAACACAUUGGAGGACUGGAGUGAGAAAUUAACCCAUUCAGAAGCUUACAAGAAGACUCAGGAAACUCUCUCCCAGGCAGGACAGAAGACUUCAGCUGCCCUGUCCAAUGUGGGUUCUGCUAUCAGCAGGAAGCUUGGAGAUAUGAGGGCUCAUCCCUUCUCACAUUCCUUUAGCAGCUACUCCAUUCGUCAUUCAAUAAGUAUGCCAGCUAUGAGGAACUCUGCAACCUUCAAGUCUUUUGAAGAUCGAGUUGGGACCAUAAAGUCCAAAGUUGUUGGUGGCCGGGAGAAUGGCAGUGACAACCUUCCUUCACCAACCGGAAGCAGUGAUAAACCUCUGCAGGAUCAUGCUCCUUUCUAGACCCCUUUGGAGAUUUACGCUGCCACAGAAUGAGUUUAAGAACCCUCUCAACUCAUCACGAACAACUCUGCAGAAAAAAACAAUAUAAUGAUAAUUCAAACCAGGAAAUGGACAGAGUCCAGUUUUGAGAAUUCAUACCCAUACAUAUAUAGACACUUGCUGCUGGAUUUGAGUAAAAUAGAGAACAAAAAAGUUUUGUACACAGAUAUUUUACACUAAAGUUUAUAGAUGAAAUGUAUCACUGUGCUAUUCUUCCUGGGGGGCGCAUUUAAAUGGACAGGACUUUCUCAUUGGGUAUAGAAGCCCAAGCAUGAACUCCCAUUUGGAAAACACUACAGCUUAGCUGAAUGCCCAAAUACAUUUCUGUUUGGGAAUGGAAAGAAGUAUAAUUAUGAAACACACUUUUUGAAAAUGUUUCUUUUCUCCCUUCCCUCAGUUUCUGAAAGCUCUUAUAAGUAAUCUAGAAAACUUUAACUAGCUCAGUUAUUUUUCCCCCCAAAAAAAAAAUAAUUCUCAAGAUGUGAAACUGUCCAUUUUUCUGUGCCUUCCAGAAAGGAGACUAAUUAGCAGCUGCCUGGUUAUUACACUAAUGCUCAAGCUUUAACAAAACAAAAAUCUUUAUUUUUUAAAUGCAGUGGACUUUUCAAAAAUCAAAAUGAAGCAAAGCAGCUUUAGCCUCAUAUUAGGGAAAUAUUAUCUUGGAACUCUGAAGCCGAAAUGCAAGCCUUACAUCACCUUAUGCUUUACUUGUUUAUAAUCUUUUUAUAUAAAGAAAUUGAGGGUUCUCAAGCUGGGUUUUGAGCACUGUGUGGUUUUGCAUUUAACCCUCAUGGCAGCAUGCCUGUGCCAGUUUGUGUGUUUAUUUAGCUCAUUCCCUAACUUCAUUUGAGUGUAUGAAACUUGCUUCUCUGUUCUCUGAAUUGCUGCAGCAGCUCCUAGCAGGUUCCUGCCUUUAGCUGAUCAGCUCAAAGUUCUCUAGACAGCAAGGAAUAUCAUAACCAGAUGAGAGGCAAACCUCUAUCUUAAGCAACUUUUAAGUGACAACAUCUCAUCCCCCUGUCCUACCGGCUAUUCUACUUCUGGAUAAGCCCAAAUGAUUGUACAUUAUUCAUCAGUAAAUCUGAACCUGCUAUUGUUUACAGUAGAUAUAAAAGCAGAUAAUAGUCAAUGAGAAGUAGGAAUUGACCCUCCCCCAAGACAGGCUGGAGAUGGAUGGAAAGAGUUGAUUCAUAUUAGCAGGAAUCUGUCUUGGGAUUUUGUUAAGUUCCUAAUAUCAAUAUUUUGUAGGAGCUCUGAGACUUUCCCCCCUGUUUUCAUAAUGAUGUCAUUUGGCAUUAUUUCUCAUGGCAAUUUUCCUGCCUAGUGUGAGGCAUGAUUUUGAGGGUGAAGUUUUGUGCCUUAUUGGCUCUCAGCAGUGGGAUUAAAAUCUGUUUGCUUGUAUACAUAUCAAUAAAAUCUCGCUGGCUGAAGGAAUACUCCUUCCAGCCCAAGGUGACCCUAUUGUGUUCAGCCUUAAUGUUCUCCCUACUCUAAAGAAGCAAGUUCUGAUAUACCAGUAUCUGUUUAUCAAUCCUAGGGGCUGCAUUCCAUGCGAUGUUAGGAGGCAGAUGCAGUAGGAAGCAUACUGUGUAGUGUCCUUUUAUCAGGCUUUAUUAUUUGUGACUGAAAUUGUUAGGGAACAGUAAGGAGAAGGAAGAUGAAGAGGUGGGAAUUGUUCUUUCUUCUCCUUAAACUGGAUAUUGGGUAUUUGUCAAUAAAUUAUUCUUUUCAGGGUAAAAAAAA